AUGCCUGAAAUACAUCUCGUAUUUCUUGUUCAUGGCCUCUGGGGCAACGUGACCCACAUGGAGUACCUCGGCAGAGCGGUCUCGCAACUCCAGGAGCGGUCUCCCGAGACGCUUGUGGUGUAUGCAGCCAAAAUGAACCAGGGAUACCGGACAUAUGACGGUAUCGAUAUAUGCGGAUACAGAGUCGCUAAGGAGAUUCAGGAGCAGGUUGCCACCCUCAACUGUCCCGAGACUGGGACAGUGGUAACCAAGUUCUCGAUCGUCGGCUACUCGAUGGGGGGGUUGAUUAGCAGGUACGCUGUGGGCCUACUCUACAGCAACCAAUUCUUCAAAAAGCAAGACAUAAAGUUGAUCAACUUCACCACCUUCUGUUCUCCGCACGUAGGCGUUCUUGCGCCAGGGAAGAAUCUAGCCGUGCGGGUGUUCAACUUUGUAUGCUCGCUCAUACUAGGGAACAGCGGCAGGCAGAUGUUCUUGAAGGACCGCAUAAAGGCGGCAAACGGCAUGCCGCUUAUCGUCUUAAUGAGCGUGGGUGACUCUAUUUUCUACAAAGCUCUCGAACAAUUUCAACAUCGUUCGUUGUACGCCAAUAUUGUCAACGACAAACGUACGGCAUGGUGGACCUCCGGCAUUUCAAUGAACGAUCCCUUUUUUGACGUGACUGUGACAAACGGCGUGGAAAGGUUCCAUUAUAUCCAUCCAUAUGAGCCCAUUGUGAUCGAUACGUCUCAGCCAAUCACAAUAACAAGCAUCGAAGAGCUGACAGACGAUGAGGAUCCAAAUUUACACGAACCCGGCGACCAGGCAGAUCCUCAUGAGUUCUAUUUCAUAAACUACUGGGCCGCGAAGUUGUACCGGUGGUUGGUUGUCCUCAUAAAUCUAGUAGUUAUUGCACCACUAUGGAUAUUAUGGUUUAUCAUUGCAAGCGUUGUGCAGACGAUGAAUUCAACGUUUAGGGUUACGAGGUUCGUGCACCAGUACUCACAUCAGCUCAUCCAGGAGUACUUCGACGUGAGUGCUCCGCUAACUCCAUGCAGCACACGCUUAAUUGCCAGUGCAGAGGAGAAGAUAUACUCAACAAUCGCAUCGCCAGUAGAAUAUGAGCAUCAGUUGGAGCAAAGCUUAAACGAUCAUACUGAUACCUUGAUAGAGAGCGUCUUCGAUGCGAUUGAGCGAAAAAACACGUUGACAGCGACGGUUCAAGGCACACCUGUGGGCCAUCCUGGGAGUCUAACCAUAUAUAUAGAUGAGUUGGCGACGAAAAACGUAGAAGACAUAGCCACGGACACCGAAGAGCAGCGCGAAUUGCUUCGCAACUGCUAUCUUGAUAUGGAUUGGAGGCAGAGAAGGAUUAUUAGCAACCUAAAUGGUCUCUCCUGGAAGAAAUUCCCAAUAUAUAUCCGCGGCACGCCAAGCACACACGCCUGCGCUAUUGUCCGCCACAAGGAUCCUCAUUUUAAAGAAGGCGAGUCUGUGGUAAAACACUGGUCCAACGAAAUAUUUGCAUUCAAUUGA